UUUUCUUCGGCGGCUAGAUUUAGUCGGCUCAGGUUUCUAGGCUAACGCCAAAAAUUUCAGCAAAUUUUUUUGUUUGUGGAAUAAAAAAUUUUUCAAUUUAAUAUUAAACCCAAAUAAAAUGCUUCAAAUAUUAUAAAUUUAUAAUAAAAAUAUUUUUUAAACAAUUCUCCAUGAAAUAAUAUAAAGAGUCGUAGAAGGGAAAUAAAGAAAUUAUAGAAAAAAGUGUUUGAAAAUUGAAGCCAAUCAAUUUGCCCAAGUUCGCGUGUAUGUAAGAAAAAUACGGAAGAAAAAAGUGUGCUUUGCCAAAUUCUCAUGAAAGAAUAAUAAAAAUCACGCUAAGAAAAAAGAAUAAAACGCAAAAAAAAAUAUAAAUUAAUAACAAAAGAAUUUUUUUAAAAAAUCAACAAUUUUCAACAAGAAAAUUAAGAAAUAUUUAAGAUAAUUGUGAAAUUCAUUUUGAGUGUAUGAAAAAUUGUGAAAAUUCUGGCUACGAUUGAAUAAGAGGGUGUCUCCUCUAACGUAGAGCGCGCUCGGUUGUCCGUGGUCUUGUUUUUUUGUUUUUGCUUCGUUGAGACUCCGCUGGGCGAGACACAUAGACUUUCGGGCUCGUCGACGCGCACUCGUUUCAUGUUGGUGGUUCAAUUUAGUUGGUCUGCAAACGUCAGUGUGUGCGGAUUUAAAGGCUGUCGUUGUCUUGUUUACCGUGCCUGCUGUUUGUUCUGCUACUAAAGACCUCAGUCUGUCAGAAAGGCAGACGGACGUAGAAACCAGAAAUUUUAAUUUACAAGACAAUUAAAAAGAAAAAAACAACGUGUUAAUGUUACCUUUAAAGGCCAUAAAAAACGUAAUAUUAAAUGGCGCUCGGAUAACAAAACUACAUCGAAUCAAAUACCUAUUUUGUAAAGUAAAGGAAUAAAAAAUCCUUAAUGUAAAAUAUUAAAAAAAAACAAAAAUAUAUACUAAAAGUUGAAAUCCCAAAUAAAUUAUGGAAACUAUUAAUCAACCACCAGAAACAAAUUCGAUAAAUAUUACAAGCAUUCUGGACUCUAAUAUCACACAAGAUUCACCACAAACUAUCGAAGAUGUAGAGACAGAAGAUUCCAAUAGUAUGAAACAACAUAUAAGCGAACAUGAAGAUGAUGAAUUACUCAAUGAAUCGACAACAGCAGAAGAAAAUAUAAGUGAAACCACAAAUAUUCAAUUAACAGAAGUGGACAAAAUAGAAGACGAUAUUGUUGGUAAUAAUGAUGAAGAACCAAUGGAUAUAAGUAGCACUGAAGAUACUGAUGAUGUAACUGAAAACCAAAAGACUCAAAAUGACAGUGAACUACAACAGGUGGAAGCGAUAGCGCAACCGCAACCACAGCCACAAAAUGUGGAAAAUAGUAAAAAUAAUAACAUAACAGAUGAUGUAGAUGCAGAUAUGAGUGGUGAAUAUGACGAAUCAAUUUCAAAUGAAACUAAAAAAUUCAAAUAUGAAGUAUCUAAAACUGAUACCGAAGAAGAUGAAUUAUUAAAAUCGGAUAAUGAAGAUGAACAUAUUGAAGAUCAAAAUGAAAACAAAACAAACGCCUUGGAUAGUAUCUCUAUGGAACAGGAAGAAGAGUUACUAAAGAGUGAAGAUGAGGAUGAUGAUAAUAAAGUGGAGAGUAAAGAAGAAAAAGAAGUUUUAAAUAUAAAAGAGGUAACAGAAAGUGAACAUAAAAAUGAAGUUUUACAAACAAAUGAAAUUGCUAAGGAGGUGGAAGAGGAGGUGUUACAACUCAGUACUCAAGAUUUGGAAGAGUUAGAGGAAACCUCUAUUAAAGAAAUACAAAAUGACAUAGAAACAAAACAGGAAGUGGUUUCAAGUACAAGCAAUACUUGUGCGGAAAAAGAAAAUGAUGAAGAACAUCAACAAAUUGCAACAAAUAUGGUUAGAGAAAAGAACGAAGAUAAUAGUCAGACGUUAGAAUCUACUGUUACAACUGCCCAACCAUCUAGAGUUAAAAAGAAUGCAGAAAAUCAUCGAAUUUUAUAUCAAUUUGAUUUAGACGAUGACAGUAGCAGUCAAGAUAGUUAUAAAAACAAUAAAACUCCAUCACCACCAACUCCAACUAGCGGAAAUAAAGAUGAAUAUGAUGAUGCAAAAGAUGAUACCACAAUCAGUCCUAAGCACGAUUCACAACAAAAUAUUUUCGAAACUAUAGAUAUAAAAGAAGUUGAUAAUAAUGAAAGCGGAAACGAAGAGCACGAAGAUAGUGAGAAUGAAGAAACUAAACAAACGGAAAAAUAUCCUUCUGAACCUCCCAAAAGUUUUGAUUCUCCUAAAAGUGUUAACGAAAAUGUUAAUCCCACUGUUAGAUCACCUCUAGGCGCUUCUCCUAUAAGUGAAAAAGCAUUUAGUGAUAAUAAUGUAGAUGGAGAAGAUGAUAACGAUGAAUUAAGAAAACAACCGGAUAUUACAACUUUUCAGUCUCCAACAGUAGCUUCUCCCAAAAGCGAAGUAUCAAGUAGUGAUGAAGAGAAUUUAAUGGAUCAAAACAAUGAAGCUGACGACAAAUCAAGCAAACUAGCAGAUUCAUGGAAUUCAGAAAAUCCACCAAACGACGAAAAGGCAUGUGAAAGUGAAAAAACCUUCAUUGAAGAAAAUUCAUUAGAUAGGCAGCUAAAAGAUCUCGAUGAUGAGAAGGAAUCAUUCCAAUCACCUAAAUUAAAUGGUGAUCAUGAUUCGCCGGAUCGUUUUAAUACACCAGAGCAUAAUGAUAACUCUAAUGACGGUAACAUCAAGUACAACGAUGAAACAAGUCAUUUAACAAAGUCACGAAAAACAUCAUGUGAUUCGAAUUUCCUGCCUUCUUCUCCCCAACAUCAGUCAACAUUUAUUUUUCCACAAAAUAAGGAAUUUGAUAGUGAAUUUCCAAAAGAAAUUGAUGAGAUGGACUCAUCUAUUGGAGAGCAAGAAACUGAAAUAAGUAAUCAUAAUGAACACAAAACAGAAAUUGAAUCUGAUAAUGAUGAAAGUAACUUAAAGAUUAAUGAAAAUAGUGGAGAACAUCAUAAUGACAGUGAUGUUGAUGAUGCUAUUGAUACUGGUAACAAAUCUGAAGUUACAUUACCACCUCCAGCUGCAACAAACGAACACGAAGACGAUGAAGCCAGCCGUUCCUCAUUAGCUUCGUCAGCUUCCUGUUCAACUACCACAUCAUCCUCACAACAAUUAGUUAUUGAUCAUCCCAUGGAUGAUGUUAAAGAGGAAAAAGUUAAACCUUUAAAAAUCACCCUAAAACGAAAAUUAUCCAACUCAAGUGAUGAUGGUGAUUCUAUGGGUCCUCAACAAAAACAAGUACAUUUGUAUAUAGAAAAUCCCAUGACAGAGGAAAGUCAGAAAUCAUUACCCUCCUUAAAUGAUGAUCUCAAAGAAGAGUUAGAACCUGAAAGUGCUAAAGACAUUCAGCUGGAGGAAAAUAUGGAAAUUGAAGAAAGUGCACAGCAUGAAACUACAGAAACUAAUAUGACCGAACUUGAACCGGAAAAAAACAAUUUUGCAGUGGAGAAUAAUGAAGACAAGCCUUCACUAUUUAAACCAGAAACUGAAGAUCCCUCCACAUUUAAGUCUUUACUCCUGCAGCAGUUGGAAAAGCCCUUAGCAAUGCCAAAUAUAAUGGCUAACCACAGUCUGUCACCACUCACUACCUCGCCUAUAACUUAUGCGCCAGCUCUAUUACCAACACCACUACCACAGCCUUUAGUGGAUAUACCAAUACCUACACCGCCACCUCCUCUUCCGGCGCCUCCUCCCCCUCCGCCACAGGCAACCGGCGUUACAAAAUAUUUAUGUUUCAAGUGUAAAACAGGAAGUUUUGAUACAUUUGCGGCAUUAACAGAACAUCAGAACACAUGUUUAGUUUCUCACUCACUAUUUCCCUUUAAUCAAGCGUUAAUGCCGCCACCAAUAUCCACACCACCAGCUCCUCUCAAUAUUGUUAAAAGCUCAACCUCUAUAACAACAACAAAAACAGCUGAUUUUACAGAAUUAAAAGAAAUAAUAACACCUCCAGCACAGCCCGCAGUUGCCAGUACAAAGAAACGUUAUUACAAAUGUUCCACCUGUAAUACAUUCCAUGAAAAUUGGAAUUUAUUUCUGCACAUACGUGAACAACACAAUCGUCACAUGUGUUUGUAUUGUGUACGUUUCUUUCCUACCGCUGAAAAGUUGGCAUUGCAUUUAGAAAUUAAACAUGAUUUGGAACAGAAUCAUUUCAAUUCCGAAGAGGCUUUACGUAAAAGUAUACCGAUGUUGGAGGGUUAUGCUUUGGAAACCCGAUUCCUUAUGUGCUGUACCUGCCAACAUAUCUUUAUGGAAAAUGAACAAUUUUCUCAACAUGAUUGCACGGAAUACAUAAAACCUUGCUCUCUGUGUGGUCAAAAGGGUCGUCAUACUAAUCAAUGUAAAGCUCAUCCUGAUAGUAAACGUUUCUCCAAAUUGAAAAAGAAAAAGGAGAAACAUUUGCAGCCCUUGGAAUCUGGGGCUGCUGCUCCCUCGGCACCAGUUUCUAAUGAAAGAAUCGAAAAGAACUUUACUGUUCCACCCAUAACCAUAAGUAAUCAUAAUAUCAAUCCCACCAUUAUUUCCAAUUCCAAUUUGAACUGUGAUAGUGGUCGUGCUGAAAAAAGUCUGCGACCACCAACAACCAUUAAUUCUAUGCAUAGUGAAGAUAGUAACAGUAGUAGUAAUAUGGUUAUUGAUGAAUCAUGCAACACAAAUCAUCUGCUGCCACCUGCACAAAUACCGCCACAAACCAACAACAACUCAUUACUUGGGACACAACAACAAGCACAAGUAACAAGUGUACCAUUUGAACCAGACCUACCACCAGACCGAGAACCGAAGCAACCCGAAGCAAUUCCAGAACCUUUGCCGCCACUUAAACUAGUGGUGCCCAAAUUUAAGUUACGUGUUCCCAAAGAGUUUCAAAAGUCUGUGGAUGAUGCUCUCUCCACCUCAGAUAGUGAGGAAUAUGUAGAGGAGGAGGAUGAAGAAGAAGCUGAAGAAGAGGAAGUUAAUGUAGAAGAAAAAGAAAAGCAUGAACAGGAAAAUAAGCUUAAUAGUGAAACUGAAAGAGAUUCCGCCCUUAUAACUAAUGCAGCAUUAGCAGUAACCUCUGCACCAGCACCACCAGUAGAAACGGCACAAAAUUCAUUGUUAGCUGAAUCUACACCGGCCAAUUCUCAAGAUAUGGAAAAUGAGCGCAACUCUGCUACAGAAUCCGCCACAGAAGCUGGAAAUUCACAAGACGAUGUGGCCUAUGAUAGCGGAGCAGACAAUAAAAACAAAUCACAAAUUCCUCCCUUAUCAUUAGAGGACGAUGAUUCCCUCGAUGAGCCCAACUCCAAUCUUGUGCGUAUAAUGCAAGAAAUCGAACGUACUAAAAUGGACAUUAAGCGCACCAAGAAAACCUCGCAUCGUCACAGUAAAACUUUUGCUCUACCAAGACAACCAACCAUUUCACAAUCUAGCAAUAGAACCGCCGAUCACAAUUGGUCACCAACACCACCAGCCUCACCUAACUCACGUUGGUUUACGCCAAGACGUUCGACCAUAUCGCAAAGUGGAGAGGAACAACUUCAGAAAACGCCACAACAUCAACAGUUUCUACUGCCUCCUCCCAGUCCGGUUAAACAGUUUGGCAAUCCACAGGAGCGUCGUGAUACCAUUGGCAGUGAUAUGAUGGAUAUUGAUGAAACGAUUACAUCACAACCAACACAAAUUAUUUUUAGCAAUCAAUUACGUCCAUCCGACAACGAAAAUUUCCACACUUCAAGCGAAAGUAUCGACCUCAAAUCUAAUAAUGAACCUGUUGCGGAUAGUCAAAUAACUGACAAUGAAACAUCUAUAUCAGAUGCCAACAAUACUGUUGUGGAAACUGAACAAUUUGACAGGCCACCAGAAUCACCCUUGGCACAACCAACCCAACAACAAGAACAAGUAGAGCAGGAAAACACAAAAUUAGACAUUGAAAAUGUACAAACAGAGAAAGAAAAGAUACCAGAUAUACCAGAUACUCCAGAGAAAAUGGAUAUUUCCCUAACACAAUCUACAGAAAAUGAAAAGGCAGACAUGAGUAUAAGUGAACAUCACGAUGAGGAAGAGGAGGAAGAAGGUGAAGAUGAUACUGAAAUUGAUGUAUGUGAUAAUAAAGAUCAAGAAGAAAAUAUUCAUGUAACUGAUAAUGAAAAACCACUAGAAGUGGAAAAAUUACCACCAGCCGAUGGCAUAGAGGUGGCAAAUGAAGAUACUGUCACAGUAGAUUUGCAAUUGGAUCGACCUUUAGAUAAAUAUGAAAUUAUUGAUUUUGUACGCAUCUGCUUGAAGGCCUCCUAUCCCCUUUGCCUGUAUUGUAAUCAUGCACGGCGCAUAGCAGUAAAUGGCAAAAGUUUAGUCUUGCACAUUAUAGGACAUCAUCGUUUUACCGCCACCGUGGAUAGUAUAACAGCGGAAGAACUUUUGCCCUCUACUAUAGUAACAAAAUUGAAAAGUUUUCUACCCGAUCUAGAGGAACACUAUUUCAACUCGAACAGUUAUUGCACCUAUGGUGAAGGUUCAUUUAUAAAUCCCUUCAAUGAACGUAUAUUUGAAUGUUUUCAAUGUCGUUUUGUCACCGCCACGCAUAAAGAACUCUAUUUGCACAAUCGCAAGAUGCAUUUACGUACGGCCAUUUUAUGUUUUAUGUGUCGUGCAAAUUUCUUUAGUUUCAGCGAGAUCUUGUGUCACAUAUGUCCCGGAAUACCCAAUAAGGUUUCAGUAUUUGAUGUUAAAUUUCGUUGUUGUCUCUGCGAGUUGGACAAUAUACCAUCACCGUUUCGUCUGAUGGUUCAUUUGCGCAAGAAACAUUUUGCUUGUGAUGUUUGUCUGGAAGACUGUCGUGAUCAGAGCAAACUGUCUUCGCAUGUGUGGAAACAUAAAUUACAUCACUUGUGUUAUCGUUGUGGCAUUGCGUAUCGCAAUAAAUUGGACAUAACAAAGCAUCUAUUUUGGAAGCAUGGUACUGAGAGUACUCUAUGCAAAAGAUGCCUGCAAAAGAGAUGGCGUCAUGUUUAUCAUUUUUGCAUUCCACCCACCAAUUUUGUGUGUGAAGUGUGUAAUCUCUGCUUCUCCAAGGCAAUGUACUUGCGAGUACACAAACGUUUACACAGUGGUGACUUGCGUUAUCCGUGUAUAGAGGAUAACUGUGAGGAGAAGUUUAUAUCUAGAAAGCUUUUGCUUAAGCAUGCUUUGCUACAUCAAGUACUGCCACCCGUAGAGCCAGAGGAUAAGGAACAGGAAACUGCAACUGUUUUGGAAAAUAAGGAAAAUGAGCUUGCUGCAAGUAAAGAGCCCAGUGCAGAUGAUGAUAAGUUAGCAAACAACUUGCCAAACAUAAAACAAGAAGUUAUCGAGAUUAAAAAGGAACCUCUAGAUGAAUCUGAAAUUGAAAAUGAGAAUCUACUUAAACAGGAGAAAAGUGAAAGGACUGAGAAAGAAGAGGAUGAUGACGAUAAAAAGAAGAAUGAGCUACAAGAUUCGAAAAAUAGUGAUAUAAAAGAAAAGAAGCGUUUAAGUUCAAGUGAACCGCGUAAAAAGCGUAAGAAGAGUAAGCGAUCCAAAGAGCUAUUGGAUGAUUUAAAUCUAACAGCUCCCAAUCUCUCGGAAUCGGAUUCUAGCGAUGACUCCGAUAGCGAUUCGGAUUCAAAAACCAAAAGUGAAAUAGAUGCCAUGCCGCGUGUAAUGUUAUCUCCGCCUUCAGAAGCGGAAAACGAAGAUAAAGAAAAUAAAUCCUCAGAAACUGUAGAGCCGGGUCAAGUAUUAGAUAUUUGGAAAAACUUCCUUAAAACUCAACAGGGCUCAAGUACAGUGGAAGAAUUAGAACGCCUUAAGGCAGCCAAUGAAGAAAAUAAACAACCUAAGCGCGUACCUGUGCAUGUAGCUUGCUCCGAUCAUGAUUAUUGUAAGAUAGAACCAGACCCUCCACCGCCACCACCACCAGCUCCAAAACCGGAUAUUACUGAACAAAAAGAUGAGUUUAAGAAACCUGCAGCAGAGGUAACAUCUACACCUGAAACCUCACCCACUAAAAGGAAACAAAGUAAAUCUCCCAGACGCCGUUUAUCUUCGAAAAGAUCAGAUGCUUCAUCCUCGUCUAGCGAUUCUAGCUCUAGUUCCGAUUCAAGUUGCUCUUGUGGUUCUAACUGUUCUUGUUCUUCAUCCGACUCCGAUUCGUCUUCCUCUUCAUCAUCUUCAGAUGAUAGCGAUUCAUCUAUGGCCUCCAACAAUUCAGUGCGUAAACGUCAUCGCAAAAAGUCAGAGCGUGAUCGCAUGCGUAAACGUAGCGAAAGUAUUUCACCUCUAAAACAACAUAAACUUUCAGUUUCCAUUACUGAGGUCAUUAAUGUGGAUGAUGAGGAAGCGGCUAAGGAACCUGAAAAGGUUGAAGAACGUCCUCCUUCGCCACCCAAAGAGCCGCUAUUCUAUGAAAGUGAUUUGGAAACAAAUGAAUCCGAGACUGACGAAGAAUUCUAUGAUGAACAUCCGCAAAAGUUGGCCAAUGAAUUAUUGGCACAAAAACGGGCACAACUUAUGGCACAAACUAGACUCUCACCUUCACAUAAUUACGACAUAGUGGAGAAUAGUCGUCCCUCGACACCAUCUCUACCCGAAGAAGUGGCCACAAAUGAAAAACCAAAAAUAAAAGUUAAAAAGAAGAAACGUGAUCGUAAAUCGUCUUGCAAGGGACAAGGUUUCCACGCGAAUCAUGCUCCAGCAACGGAACAAGCUAUUGCGCCGGCGCAAACUGUUCUAGAGGUACAGCAGCCCGUAAAUGCUAUGAUGCAGGUGUUGCCACCACAACAACCAACAGCACUUUCUCUUCCUGCUGCUCCUGUCACACUUAUAAAUCCAGUGAUAGAUUCACAACAUACACAAACAAACAGUUUAUACACUACUCCUUUAAAUAUAAUGCCACAAACUAUUUAUGCACCACCACCACCUGUAGAACAGACAACUUUAACGCCGCGUCCUUUAACAAUGCCGCCAUAUGGCAAUUCACAUCGCAUGAGUGAAGGCAGCAGCUGUUCUGAUGCGGAUGGUUCACUCAAACGUUCAAAACGCCAAAGAAGACCCAACAAAUUCUAUGGUUAUACUAGCGAUGAUGAAAAUCUUAUCAAUGGACCACCUUUAAUGAUAGGCACUCGAGCUUUUAAACCACAACCACCACCCCAAUUAACUUGGCACAAGGACGAUUUGCCUACACCCUCAAAAAGUAUUUUGAAUAAUAAAAACAAAACGCCAAGAACACCUAAAACUCCAGCUACUCCAGGAAAUCCAUUCCUUAGUAGUUUAAGCUCUUCGAGUAAUAAAAAGAAAUCUAGAUUAUCUUUAACGGGAGGAGAGAAAUCGGCACGUAAGAGACCGGCUAAGAAAAAGGAGGCUAAAGCAGAAAACAAAUUCCCUCCUAUACCAACGUUGAAAAUAAGACCCUCACAGAUUGGUCUGAACACCACUAUCAAUCACUCAAGUAAUAAAACUGGCAAUUAUAAUACUACCGAUGAAACCAGCAGUGAUGAGGAGGCAACCAAAGGACAGUUUUCAGCUACAAGUAGUUUUAAUGCUACAAUGGUUAAGCAAACUAUGGCGGCGGCAGCGGCACCACCACCUGCCAUUGUAUUACCCUCACAGCCACCACCACCGCCUACACCACAGACUACCGCCUUCAAUCAUCGAAUACCACCAGCACUCUUGCCCAAUCCCGACUUUGCCACACUACAAUACUUUAAAGCCAAUAACAUACGUUAUCCCAUACGACCACCAGCUGGGGCCAGACAACCGCGUGAAGGAGAAUCGGUUUACUGCUAUUGCCGCUGUCCCUAUGACGAGGUAUCCGAAAUGAUAGCCUGUGAUGGUGAAAAUUGUCUUAUAGAAUGGUUUCACUUUGAAUGUGUGGGCAUAAUGGUGGCACCUCAGGGUAAAUGGUUUUGUGCCGAAUGUCGACCAAAAUACUCUGAGGAAUUGUAUCCUUCGACAGCAACGGGUCAGUUAAAUGUCUAGUGUAAAUAUUGUGAUCAUACAAAUAAUUGCUCAUCAUGUUUGAAAACUGUAUAUAUGGACUACCUCUCACUCUGUCGCUCUUUCAAUGUAAUAUUACGGUUAGACACUCUUUUUUAUUACUUUUCUUUAUUCUCUCUUAAUGUUUGUUGUUGAAAUUUAGACACUGUAUAUCAACUAGAAAUAAUAGGAAAGGCUCAAUUUUCGUUUUUUUUUCUUUUUCUUUAAUUACAACAAUGAAAAUUUACUUAAAGGAAACACACAAAAUUUGUUUAUUCUAACACUAAUAAAAACAAACGCCAAAAUACGCUUAUUAUAUGAUAAAAAAUUAUUUACUAAAUAGAUUUUGGUUUUUAGUUUAAUUCUAUUUUUUUUUUUAUUAAAACUCAUAACUAAACUUUUUGGAUACAAUAAUAAGAAUUAUUAUGAACUUGAAAUACAAUAUUUAAUAAAAUUUAUUAAGCUAAAAUCUAUUAAACAAUCUUAAUUUGAUUGUAAUAGAAACAAAAGAAAGAAAUAUAUUUACUUGAACUCUGGGAAUAUAAUUUAUGUUCAUGUUUAAUUUUUUCUCUCUCUUUCUCUUACUUUAAACUAACUUUAAAAUAUAAAAUAGAGUUUAACAUUAAUAUAUAAAUUAAUUAUAUUAUAAGCUAUAUAAAUAAAAACUUAAUUAUAUUA